CAAAGAGAAAGAGAUAGAGAAGCAGUAGCAGAACGGAAUGUAAACUCGUAUAGUGUUUAAUGUUGCUGUUUCAAGUGUUUCGCUGAUGUCAUCGUUCGCUUCGGUGGUGAAUUACUAUUAAGUUUUUCGCGAACAACCCAAGUGCUGCGCUGUGCCUUAUUCGUUCGCGGAGUGUCGCACACACAACUUGUGCAGUGAGAAUCAAGAUGGCCGAGUUGACGAACGGAGCCCCGAACGCCGAGCACCAGAGUGAGGUUAUGUCCGAUGGCUUCUCCGAGUUUCAUCGUUUGUUGCAUGCUUUUUUACAUUCGCGCAAUCCCGAGGAUAAAAUGACGGAUGAUAACCUGGAGAAGGCCGCCGUCGAGACAACGAUGCCCCUCAAUGUACGCUUCAAGUUCGGCGAGAAGCCAGUUUGCAACUGGGUCUUUGAAGUCUCAUCUAAAAGACCGACUCACUUGACGCAAGUACUAUUGAGUGAAAAUAGUUUAAAAAAUGGCUUUAGAAUAAAAAAUGUUUUUGGUGAAUACGUCAAAGCCACUGAUUUAAGCGUCGGAGAAAUUAAUAUUCACGAGCAAGGAAAUUCAGAAACAGAGGCUGUUAGCUUCUAUUAUGUCGAAAUUGAAUUUAAAGUCUUACACUCUGGCACAUUUUGCCAGGAUGUUCUAUUUAGAUUUAACGAAGGGGCUUCGAUUCGUCGUCAAUUGUGCAUUGAUAUUUUGGAAAGCGAAGAGGACAAGUUGCGCCUCAUCAAUGCACACAAGUAUUUGGAAACUUUAUGUCAUAAUGAGGAAAAUGAUGAGCAAUUUACGAUGAUACCCUUUAAAACGACAAUGCCAGAAGUUGACGCACAAGAAGAGAGCGUGACUAAAAUUUACAAAAAACAAAACAUCAAGAAUUUUUUUUUGACCCAUACGACGUUAAAGGAUGCAAAUCUUUAUCCGCCGACGUAUACAAGAAAAUUGCAUGAAAUUUUGACUGUGGAAGAAUUCGCUAGACGAGAGCAUAUAAGCCGAUUCAAUGCUGUGGCUUACAUAAAGUUGGUCUCUGAACUGCAACUGGGAAAAGAGGAGUUAUCGUAUUUUAGAUAUGCUUCUCCCGGUGAAUUAUUUAUACAGCUGCCUUUGAGUCGCAAUUUAUCAGAAGAUACAAAAAGCGGCCGACUUUUGCUGCGCAGUUGCAACAGCCUGAUGCUACGACAAGUAAUUUCAGGUGAUAAUUAUCAAACAGGAUUCAGCCUUGGACGAGAAAAAUAUGAAGCCCUUAUCAUCGAAAAGUGUAGUAACGUUAUAUACGGCAGAAUCUCAAAAGACUGCGUUGAACGUUUUCAACUGAAACCAAACACUACGUCAUUGAUGUUUAUCGAAUUCAUGAUGAGUCGAACGCCUUUUUGUGAUUGGCACAGAGCGAUCGAUUCUCUGCCUGAUACCCGCAUUAUUUUCCCAGAGCGUAGAUUGAGCAAUUUUGCUAAAAAUCGUAUGCUGAAGUGGACUGAAGAUUGGAGCUUUGAAGGAUGUCAACUUAAUGACAAACAAAAGGAAGCUGUUGCAGCAAUCAUGACUCCUAUUACAGUUGUCUUACCUCCUGUUCUUAUUCUUGGACCAUAUGGGACAGGCAAGACCUCUACAAUUGCCCAAGCAAUAAAGAUAUUGCUUACUAAUGACGAGAAUAGCAAACUCAUUCUUUGCACUCACAGCAAUAGUGCCGCAGAUUUAUACAUAAGGGAGUUUUUCGAUGUUUGGUUCAAGCAAAAUCAAGAUGAGCGGCUCCGUCCUAUCAGGCUGUACUACACAGGGAGAGUCAGAAGCACUGUCAACUCGACAGUUCAAAAGUACUGUUUAUUCGAUAGUGUGACCGGCCAGUUCCGCAAUCCGACAAAUAAGGAUCUCGAAAAUUGUCGGGUCAUCAUCACCACACUCGGGACCUCAAGCUGCCUGGGCAGCUUGAACUUCAAGCCAACGCAUGUAAUAGUCGACGAAGCGGCUCAAGCCUUUGAGUGCGAGGCCCUAACUUGCCUGACGCUAGCUACAAAUACCACUCGCCUCGUACUUGCUGGUGACCAGAUGCAAUUGGCUCCCGAGGUCCACAGCGAUCUUUCUCGAGCCCAAGGUCUUGGCGUCAGCAUUCUGGAACGCAUCAACAAGAUCUACGAGCCCCAGCACCCGUGUCGCAUUCAACUGUGCAUAAACUAUCGAUCGCACUCGACCAUCGUCAGCUUGACGUCGAAACUAUUUUACGACAAGCAGAUCAAGGCUGGCGCGAAACCUCGUUCGAUUUCCAUCUACGAACCGGUGACAUUCAUCGCUUGCUCGGGUUCGGCCGUCAAAGUCUCGGACUCGACCGGCUACUACAACAAUCAAGAAGCUCAGGAGAUCGCAGAUCGCAUAACCGAGCUUCACGAGAAUUGGCCCAAGAACUGGGGUCCCUUCAACGAGAACUCUGUCUGCGUGGUCUCGCAUUACGCCGAACAGGUGUUCCGCAUCCGUAGCGAGCUGCGCUCACGUGGACUAUCAAAGGUAUCGGUCGAGCGGGUGCUCAACGUGCAGGGAAAACAGUUCUGCGUGGUCUUCAUCAGCGCUGUGCGCACCCGCCAGUGCACUCGGGAGGCUGUUGGCUACAAGAACGACUUUGGUUUCUUGACCGACGAAAAACUGAUGAACACCGCCAUCACUCGAGCUCGAGACAUCGUUGCUGUCGUUGGAGAUCCUGUGGCUCUAAGCUUAACUGGACCUUGUAAGUUCCACUGGCGCAAGUACAUUGAGGAAGCCAGUAUCUACGGGAUGGAUCGUUACGACUAUUUCCAUUACAUCAUCAACAACAAUCCGAAUCUAGAUAAAGAAUCGGAUGAAUCAAAUUUGAAUCCGACGGCAGAGGAGUUUGUGCCGAGACCGCACACUAAAGUCGAGUAUCCUGUAUGGAUCGAAAACGUUACUAUGCCAGUAACUUACCCAAUUAUGCACUGCGUUUUUAGACCAAGUAUUCCACAGUAAUGUUAAGAAUAAUCACGAGGGAAAACAUAAAAAAAAAAAAAAAUGUGAAAUUUUUACAUAAUUUGUACAGUGUAAAUAGUUGGUAUUAGUAUAUUAAACGUGUAAGUAAACUAAGCACUAAUUAUAUUAUUGUACAAAUGUAUUAUAUAUGUAUUAUAAUAAGACAGAUUACUACAAAUGAAUAAAGUAUACAUAGAGCAUUUUUAAAUAAUAAUCCUUGACUCGUAAUUUUUUAUUAUAAUCAUGCCAAAAAUCCUAUUUCUUACCAUCGUUUCAUACUUAUUUUAAUGAUUCAGUAAUUUAUUGCGUAGAACACUAAUUGCUUGAAUAAUGUUAGUUGUCGGUAAAGGUUCAAACAGAAAAAGUUCAUCGUGGGCUUUGAUCGCGUUGCAUUUCCUAUAGCAUUCUUCAACAAU